AUGGAUGACAACAAGAAACUCAACGAACUGCUCCGCUGGGGCAUUCAAAACUCCGACGAAGGGGCGCUCGCCGAGGCUGCCCAGUCUGGCGCCCAGCAACAGUCCAACCUUACCCCAGAGGUUCUCGAGGCUCUAAUGGGCGGACCGUCCGAGGCCGACCUUAUGAAGGCUUCCAUGGAGAUUAUCACUUCUCCCGAUGAAGAAGUUAGCCUGGAAAACAAGCUCAUCGCCUUCGACAACUUUGAGCAGCUCAUCGAAAGUCUCGACAACGCAAACAACAUGGCCAACCUCAACCUCUGGACCCCUCUUCUGGAGCAGCUGAGCAACAAGGAGGCCGAGAUCCGCAAGAUGGCUGCUUGGUGCAUUGGUACUGCGGUCCAGAACAACGAGAAGACCCAGGAACGUCUGCUGGCUGCCGGUGGUGUUGCACCGCUUGUAAGCUUGGCAGUUUCUGAGGCCGAAUCCGAGCAGGUUCGUCGCAAGGCUAUCUACGCCCUUAGCUCUGCCAUUCGCAACUACCAGCCUUCUCUUGAUGCUGCUGUUGCAGAGCUCAACACCAAGGGUCACUCGAUUGAAAAGGUGGACGCUACCGAUAUGGAUGCCGUCGACACAAUCAUCCUUCCUCUGAGAGAAAAGGCCAAGGCAUCUGCUUCUGCUUAA